CAUCAUCAGGCGCGGUUACAGGAUUGUUUGGAGCAUGCGCGGUACUAUUAGAUUCAAAUUUCUGUUGACGUCACUGGGUCUGUUUGGGGAAGACAAUUUACUAACGUGGUUAUAUACAGUCAUUGAUACGUCAGUAAAAAUUCUGGAAUAAAUGAACAUGCCUGCAGAGUGCUUCAAUAGACAACUUAUCCCAAACCAAAGAUGAUAAACUGUGGGCACAAAUGUAUAUUUUCUGUCAAGUAACAUUUAAGGUUCCUGCAGUUUCUUGGAGAAUUUAAGGAAACUGGGUGAAUGAAAGCCUUAUUACCAAUUGGAAAGAGUUUGUAGAUUGUAUCUAAGGACCAUAGUAAAUAUUUUUCAUAUUUAGUCAUAGCAUGGGCUCAUUCACUUUUCAAAGAUGGAGACCGGAGGACUUAAGGUACAAAGGCGACCACCUGUAAGGAAAAGAAGUCUUUCUUCUGGACACAGUCUAUACACACCAGCUAAGAAGAAGUUGAGCGGAAGAGCGGAAAUGAAGAUAACAACUGAGUCCUAUGAAAAAGCUGGUGGCCCUGAAGAGGUGAAUAUGGUGUGUUCAGACCAACAGGACUAUGGCAGUGAUGAUGACCUGUUUGGAGAAUAUGACAGCUUUGCCGAGGACCCAUCUUUACUAGCACAAAUGGAUUACUUAGAAGAAAAGUGUAAACACGAUACUGUAAACACAGUUCCUAUUGUUACUGAGAAACCCGAACUCUUAAAUCAGUUUAUGUCUCUAGUUCACCCUAAGUCCAUUGCUCAAGAAGAAGAGUUGUCCAACCAAGUGAGGAGAAAUGGGGAAAAUCAUAACCCAAAUCUUUUUACUGAGGAUGUCUUUGAUGAUCUUCCUUGUUCUCAGCUGCUUUGUUAUGAGAAUGCAAAUCAUAAUUCUGGUACAGAUGCUGAAGAAGGACCUAGUGAGUGUAGCCUUGCUCAAGUAGAAAGUGCAUACACGUCCAUUGCUUCUCAUACAAAUACUAAAGACGGAAAAGGGAAAAGUCUUCGGGACAGUCUCAAAAACACAUUGGCUGGAAAUGCUAAAGUUCAUACACCACAAAUAUCUAGGACUAUGCAAAUAAAAGAAAAUGUUAUUUUAGAGGAAAUUGAUGUUGCACAAAAGACUGUGGAAACAUCCUCUGAAAUCGACUUGGGUCCCUUUUAUGGUUUACCAACCAAAGUUGCUGAUCUUAUUGAACAGUAUAGAGGCAUUAAAACACUAUAUGCCUGGCAGCAUACGUGCCUAACGUUAGAAUCCCUACAACAGAGGAAGAACUUGAUUUACUCCCUACCAACAAGUGGUGGUAAAACUCUUGUUGCAGAAAUUGUGAUGCUUCAGGAACUUUUGUGCCGAAAAAGGGAUGUGCUGAUGAUUUUACCCUAUGUGGCUAUUGUACAGGAGAAGGUUCGUGGCUUGUCCAGUUUUGGAGUGGAGCUAGAGUUUUUGAUAGAGGAAUAUGCUGGCAGCAAAGGAAGAUUUCCUCCAAUGAAAAGAAGAACCAAAAAAUCUCUUUACAUUGCAACUAUUGAAAAGGGUCAUAGUCUUAUUAACUCAUUGAUUGAAAAUGGACGAGUCAGUGAUCUGGGCCUUGUUGUUGUGGAUGAGCUGCAUAUGCUUAAUGAGGGAAGUCGAGGUGCAAUAUUAGAAAUGACUCUUACUAAGAUCCUAUACACAAGUGAAACCACUCAGAUCAUUGGAAUGAGUGCAACAUUGAACAAUGUUGAUGAGCUGCAACGUUUCCUUAAAGCAGAUUUUUAUACUGAUAACUUCAGACCUGUUGAAUUAAAGGAGUAUGUAAAAUUAAGAGACAGUAUUUAUGAAGUUGACAAUAAAGCAGAAAACAACUUCACAUUAUCACGAGUGCUAAACUACAAGUAUUCAAGUAACAUGCUCCGAAUAGAUCCUGAUUUCAUCAUCGCGCUGGUGACUGAGGUCAUUCCGAAUAACUCUUGUUUGGUUUUCUGCCCUACAAAAAAGAAUUGUGAAAAUGUUGCAGAAAUGAUUUGCAAAUACCUCAACAAAUCAUACCUGAGUCAUAGAGAAGCAGAAAAGAAGGCUCUGCUCAAAGACUUGAAGAACACAGGAAAUGGAAUCAUAUGCUCAGUUUUGAAGCGCACUAUUCCUUUUGGUAUUGCUUACCAUCACAGUGGGCUGACCAGUGAUGAACGGAAAUUGGUGGAAGUUGCCUAUUCUUCAGGAGUUCUAUGUCUCCUUACUUGCACUUCUACCUUAGCAGCCGGGGUCAACUUGCCCGCCAGACGAGUCAUUUUGCGAGCACCUUAUGUAGCUAAGGCUUUCCUCAAGAGGGCCCAGUAUAAACAGAUGAUUGGCAGGGCUGGUCGAGCUGGCAUUGACAAUGCAGGGGAAAGUAUUCUUAUCAUACAGGAAAAAGACAAAGAACUGGUAAGAGAACUGGUUAGUAAACCCCCAGAGAACUGUUACAGCAAUCUCAUGCACGACGGUGGAAAAGGCUUCCUGAGUUUGCUGCUUUCAAUAAUUGGGCUGAAGAUUGCACAAACAGCAGAAGAAAUCUAUAAGUUUGCAUGUUGUACACUAUUCAGUGUUCAACAAAAACAUCUAAGUACAGAAAAGUCCUUAUGGGAUAUAACAAAUGAAUCUUUAGAGGGUCUUUUAAGCAAAGAGCUUGUGUGCACCAAACAGUGCCUUGAAUCAAAGCACCCGAUAUUUGAGGUAUCUAGGCUGGGUCAAGCAACUUACAAAGGGUCGAUUGAUUUAUCCUACUGUGACCUGCUAUAUAGUGAUCUAAGGAAAGGGCUUGAAGGACUAGUACUGCAGAGCCAUCUUCAUCUUCUUUAUCUUGUGACCCCCUAUGAAAUGGUGACUCAGUGCAGCCCAGACUGGAUGAUUUAUUUCCGACAGUUCAAUCUCCUCGACCCUGUUGACCAGAAAGUGGCUGGAAGCGUAGGCGUACCCGAAAGCUUUCUUGCAAAAAAAGUAUCAGGUCAAAUAAUGAAGAAGAAUGUAGAGGAAAGCGUAGUGAAUCGGCUUUAUCUGUCCUUCAUUCUACAUGCCCUUGUAAAAGAACUAGAUAUAUGGACUGUAUCUGAAAAAUUCAACAUGCCACGAGGCCUUAUUCAAAAUCUUCUUAGUUCAUCUGCUUCUUUCAGUUCCUGCGUACUGCAUUUUUGCGAGGAGCUGGAUGAAUUUUGGGCCUAUAAAGCUUUGCUUCUGGAUGUAACCAAGAAACUAAGUUAUUGUGUAAAAUCAGAGCUAAUACCCCUAAUGGAAGUGGCUGGGGUUUUAGAGGCUCGAGCCAAACAACUUUACAAUGCAGGUUACACUACCCUUGCUCAUUUGGCUAAUGCUGAUCCACAAAUAAUGGUAAAAACCAUAGAACAUUUGUCGAAACGUCAGGCAAACCAAAUCAUUUGCUCAGCCAAGAUGUUACUAAAUGAAAAGGCUGAAGCUUUGCAAGAAGAGGUAGAAGAUCUGCUUCGUCUUCCAACUGAUCUGCCUGCCUUAAUCAUAGAAGACACUAAAGUGAAUACAUGAUUGAUGAUCUUACAGUGACCCUGUCACAGAGAUAUGUCAGAAGUUUUGAUUCACCAGGGUCUGUGUGUUCAGACCCUCAACAAUUUUUACAACGAGCCUGUUUCACUAUAUUAGGUGGUCUCCAUGACAUGUCAAAAGCUUUUUCAGGGACAAUUUAAGUGGUUCCCCAGAGUCUCCUUCCAUCAAAGGUGGGAUCCAGAUGUUAUUAACAGCUUUAUCUGUAUGAGCAUACGGGAUCGACCGAUUAUCGGUUUGGCCGAUAAUCACGAAUUUGGGCAUUAUCGGUAUCGGCAAUUACCUUGCCGAUAAUGCCCCACCCCCCGCACCACCCCCUCCGCACCGCAACCCGCCGCACCGCGACCGCCCCCCCAACCCGCCGCGUCGCACACUGCACCGCCCCGCCCUGGCCCCAUUGCCUCCCCCAUCCCCGGUUUUAUAAUUACCUGUUCCCGGGGCCCACGCUACUUCUGGCUCCUGCUGCAUCCUGCAUUACGCUGUGCGCAAUGACGAGUGACGUGAGCGACGUGACGUUACCGUCAGUGCGCACAGUGACAGCUCAGGAGGACGCCACCGGAGCCAGAUGUAGAGUGGACCCCGGGAACAG